AAUGUUGGAGGAAAAUCAGUCAACAACAGAAAACGCAGAAAAUGGGUUUAUAAGUAAUGGUCUUACUACUCCUUUAAUUUAUCAAGAACGUACACAGAGAAGACUGAUCCCAUUCUUAUUUUCUGAACUAUUUUUUCUAUGGACUGGCAAAUUGAUGAGAAAAGGCUAUAAAGGCGAGCUUAAACAGGUAGAUGAUGUGUUUGAUUUACCCAAUAGUUUAAACCUAACUACUCUUGGUUCUGUUCUCAGUGAUCCUCUUGAAAAUGAAACUUCUACUUUUGCACCUAUUCUCCUACGGGUUUAUGGACGUCAAUUUUUUCUUCUAGGCAUUCUCAGAUUUAUUGGAGAUAUUUUAAAAUUUGCAGGCCCAAUUCUUCUUCAUAUGCUUAUUUCUUCAUUACAAAGCAAAAUAGAGAAUACAAGUUAUAUUUGUUGUGGACUUAUGUUUAUUACAAUGUUGUUUGCCUCCCUUUGUGAUGUGCAUUUUGGAUAUCGCAUUCAACUUUUAUCAAUGAAAGCAAAAAGCUCCCUUCUACUCGCUGUUUAUGAGAAAUUAUUAAAGAUUCCAGCCUAUAAAAUUACUGACGAUUUUUCUUCUGGCAAAUUAAUAAAUUUAAUGUGUACAGAUAUUGAUAGAAUUGGUGAAUUUAUUUGUUCCUUUCAUGCUUUUUGGGGCAUGCCAAUGGAUUUUAUUAUUGCACUUUAUUUAAUUUAUAAAGAGAUGGGUUUGGCAUUUUUUGCUGGUGUUCUGGCUUCUGCAAUACUUAUACCUUUAAAUAAAUUAAUAGCUUCAAAAAUUGGAAAAUAUUCAAAUGAACUGAUGUCUGUUAAAGAUGCUAGAUUAAAGCUGGUUAGUGAAUUGAGCCAUUCAAUGAGAACAAUUAAAUUAAAUAGUUGGGAAAAUUUUUUUGAAACAAAAAUUAAUUUAAUUAGACAAAAAGAAUUAAAAUAUUUACGUUAUAUAAAGUUUCUGGAUGCUAUAUGUGUUUACUUAUGGGCUUCUGCACCCAUUCUCAUUACAAUGAUGAUAUUAGCUUCAUUUACCUUGAUUUUACAUGAACAAUUGACUGCUGCUAAAGUUUUCACUACACUGGCGUUGAUAAACAUUUUGAUAAUGCCAUUAAAUGCCUUCCCAUGGGUUCUCGGCUCUAUGAUAACCGGAUUAGUUAGCAAACGCCGAUUUGAUUCAUUUUUCUCUAUAAAAUCAACUAAAGACUUGAAACAAUUUUAUUCUCCAAUUUCUAACUCAACAACACUUAUUGAAGUUGAAAAAAAUUCUUUUGGAUGGAAGAGUAAAGAAAAUGUUGUUCGAAGUGUUCAAUUUAAAGGAGAACAGGGUAUGUUAAUUGGAAUAAUUGGCCCUGUUGGAAGUGGAAAAUCAACUUUACUUGUUGGAAUUCUUGCAGAAACAAUAAUUGAAGGCCCUCCAAUUUUGCUUGAUGAGAGGGUAUUAUCUGAAGGAUUUGCUUAUGUUGGACAGGAUGUUUGGCUUAGAACUGGUUCUGUUAAAGAAAAUAUUUUUUGCGAGCUUCCCUAUUCUCCUGAACGUUUUCGAAGUGCAAUAGAUGUGUGUGCAUUAACUAUGGAUAUUGAGAAUAUGCCUGGAAAGGAGAAUUAUCGAAUUGGAGGGGAAGGAGUUACUUUGAGUGGAGGUCAGAAAGUCCGUCUUGCAUUAGCCCGUGCUGUUUAUGCUGACAAACUAAUUUAUCUACUCGAUGACCCUUUUGCAGCAUUAGAUGGAACAGUUGCUUCUUUUGUUUAUGAAAAUUGUAUUGAAAAGCAACUUAGAUCCAGAGGGAAGUUAGUAAUAUUGUGUACACAUCAUGAACGAUUUUUGGGACGUGCUGAUUUAAUUGUACAAUUGGACGGGGAAGGAAAUGUUUUGAGAGCUGGUCCUCCAGAAGUAAUUUUGCCUAAUAUUGUUGAAAACCAAAUUAUAAAACAAACAGAAAAUGGUUGUGAAGAAGAAAAUGGCGGCAAUUUAUCUCAACCUAUGGAAGCAGCUGAAUAUGUCUCUGUUGUUGAUAAUGAAGAAAAAGAAGAAGGAACAGUCAAAAUACGAAUUUAUAAGACGUAUAUUAAAGCUAUAGGUUUGUGGUUGUCAGGGCUGGUAUUGCUUUCUUUAAUUGCUUUGCAAGCAACUAGAAACGCGACAGAUGUUUGGUUGAGUAAAUGGAGUUCAGCAAACAAUUCAGAACACAAUAAUUCAAAAUUGUUUCUUCAACAAGAUUGGGGUUAUUUUUUUGCUCCACGUUAUAUUAUUCCACUCACUUCAAUUAAUGAACAAAAUCAAGAAAUGUUUUAUUUACGCAUUUAUAUUGCAAUUGUUGGUCUCAAUUCCAUUUCAACUUUAACCCGCGCUUUCCUUUUUGCAAUUGCUUGUAUUUAUGCAGCCAAAUAUUUACAUCAACGCUUAUUGAGCCGCAUUUUAAAAGCAAAUAUAAAUUGGUGGGAUAAAACGCCUUGUGGGCGUGUUACAAAUCGUUUAUCAACAGAUGUUAGCAUUGUGGAUACUUCUUUACCUUUUCAAUUAAAUAUUUGUUUGGCUAGUCUUUUUUCUCUUAUAGGAACUCUAAUUCUGACGCUAGUAGCACUUCCAUUACUCUCACUUUUGUUGUUACCUCUAUUCAUUAUUUAUUAUUAUAUUCAGAAAUAUUAUCGUCGAACAAACGUUGAAUUGAAACGAAUAUGUGCCAUUACUUUAUCUCCAUUGUACAGCCACCUUUCAGAAACAGUAUCUGGGCUAAUUACAAUACGUUCACUUCGAAUUAGUGAAUUUUUUUCUUCAAAAAUGCGAGCACUUUUGGGUUACAACCUGCGUUCUUCAUUCUCUUCUUUAGCUGCUGCUACAUGGCUUUCUGUGCGUAUUCAAAUGCUUGGACUUUUUGUGCUUACAAUUAUUUUAUUUGCUAGUAUAUUGGACGUUACUAUUUUUAAAUUAAGCCAUCCUGGACUUAUUGGAUUAGCUAUAACUUAUGCUUUGUCAAUAACUAAUGUUUUGAAUGGUCUUCUUACGUCUUUUAUUGAGACUGAAAAAGAAUUAGUUUCUGUUGAACGAAUAUGUGAUUAUAUUGAUAAUGUUCCUAUGGAAGGAGAAAAAGAAUCUAGUCUAAUAAACAAUGAUGAUAUUCCAACUCCAAUAGAAGGGCAUAUUUGCUUUGAAAAUGUUUCUCUCCGUUAUUCUCCAGAAUUGCCUUUAGCUAUUAACAACAUUAGUUUCCAUUUAAAAGCGGGUACUAGAACAGCAAUUAUUGGAAGAACUGGAGCUGGCAAGAGUACUAUCUUACAGGCAUUACUUCGAGCACACCCUAUUGAGACUGGCAGAAUUCUGAUUGAUGAAAAUGUUGAUUUGGCUAAUUUAGGAUUUAAAUGUGCUCGUUCUUUGUUUGGCUAUGUCUCCCAGCACCCUUUUCUCUUCUCAGGAACUCUUUUUGAUAAUCUUUCAAUUACCAAUACAAAUUUAAACAACACACAAAUUGAAGCUUGCAUUUCUGAACGAGGUCUAUCUCAAUGGUUGGAACAAUUUGGAGGAUUAAACAAAAUAAUUUGUGAAGGAGGAAAUAAUCUUUCUUUUGGAGAACGACAGUUAAUAUCACUUUUAAGAUUGUCUUUGACAAAGCCGAAGAUUAUUUUAAUUGAUGAAGCAACAGCCCAUAUGGAUGAACAAACACAUUUAUUAAUGAGCAGAUUAAUAUCAAGUAUGGGAUGUACAUUAAUUGCAAUAGUUCAUCGUCUUACUGGUCUAGAUGAACAUUAUGAUUGGGUUAUUGAAAUGAGCAAUGGUCAAAUAGUUAGAGAGGGACCGCCAUCACUUUUCUCCCAAAAAUAA